AUGCACAAGAUCUCCAACUUCACGGGCCAGGCUCGCCAUGGGUGGGAGCGCAUGACGCCCGCCUUUGGGAUGUCGCGCCCGCACGCCGACAUUCCCGCCUCGCAGUCCCUGCGACGUCCGCACGGCGCUCCUCCGCCGCUGACCCCUCCGGCCCCCGUUGAUCCCACCGUCAACCUGUCCUUCAAUGUGCCCUUCUCCUCCAAUCUCGCUGGCCCCGAUGUCGACGAGGUGCUGCACGCCAGCCCCGGCGCCCUCCAGCGCUGGACCUUCCCCGAGGGCACCCCCGAGGGCACCCCCAUCCACCAGCUGCCCGUCCACGUCAACAACGUCGAGGCGCUCCGGAGGUUGUGUCGACAUGUAACCGAGACCAGUGGAGGCCGACUCGAGGCCACCGUGACGACAUCAGAGCCCAAGAUCGUGCCUACGUUGCAACAACGCCCGCAGGGUCUCGUCACCAACGUCUGUGUCUCCGGCGACGGCGAGUUGGUGCGCAAGCUGCGGGCCAGGAUUCUCAAUGAGACUCCCAUCUCCUUGCGCUGUGCGACCGUCGAUGUGGACCAGCACCUGAUCAUGGAUGCUUCAACGAAAGGCAUCCGCACCAGUGUUCUCGAGCACCUUGAUACCCUGGCUGCCUAUACGGGAGCCGAUAUCUUCCUCCUCACCCCCAAGAUGCUGGACGCCGACAGCGCCGUCGUCUCGUCAUAUGGCUACGAGAAUGGCUUGGACAAUCGCUUUCGCGUGGCCAUCUACGGCGACAUGGAGAGUGCUGAGCAUGCAAAGACGAGGUUGCUGAUCAUGAUUGAUCAAAUUCUGAAACGUCAUGUCGAUGCCAUGAAACUGGAAUUGACCAUGCACACCCUCGUCUGUGGCCGGACGCGCAAGAAUAUCAAGAUGAUCGAAGCCGCCACGAAUACGGCCAUCUACUUCCCGCCGCCGUUCCCCCGGAUUUUCGGCUACACACCGCCGGGGGCCAAUCGUCGGAGUGAGGAUGAGGUCUACAUCACCGGAGAAAGCUUGGAGAAUAUCGCUCGCGCCAAGCAGAAGCUGCGGGAACUGGUCAUGGGUGUGAAGAUCUAUGUCAAGGACGUCGUGCUCUCCGCGAACAAGAUCGACAACAUUCUCCUCGACCGUCUGGAUAAGGUCCGCAAGGUGAUGGAGGCCAAUGGCUCCUACGUGCUGUUCCCCCAGCUGGGAAGCCAGCGCGGUCUGGUUCGAGUUCAGGGAACCGAGGUCCUCCACGUGGAGCGGACCGUGCGGGAGAUCAUGGCCCUGGCGGGCCAAUUCUACAGCGCAUCGUGGUGGCUCGUCAUGCCGGAUCCCUCCCAGGGUGGCAUGCGUCCGCCUACUCCGGUGGAUGUUCGGACCAUGCUUGCCGAUAUUUGCACCAACUCCGGGGCGGAGGUCAGUUUUGAGAACCUCACCUUCUCGAUCAACGGAUCGGACGAUGCGGUCAAGGCGGCCAUGAUGGUCAUCAACCAGAUUCCUUUUGUCAAUCGAAGCCCGUAUCAGAUUCGUGUCAAGAUCGAGCUGGCCAAUGAGCACAAGGAAUUUGUCAGCGGCAAGAAGAAUGGCAAGAUCAACAAGAUCAUGGGGCAGAGCAACGUGCAAAUCAUCUUCGACGGCUUCAAUGAGUAUAACUUCUAUAUCGAUGUCUGUGGCACCCAAUACGAGGCGACCAGGAAUGGGCUGGAUUUGGUCGAGCAGGAGAUGCCUGCAUCCAUCUCCUUCCACGUCCCGGAUCAGUACCACAAACGGAUCAUUGGCAUUGGCGGUCAACACAUCCAGCGGAUUAUGAAGAAAUACUCCGUCUUCGUCAAGUUCUCCAACGCCAUGGAUCGGGGUGGUCUUGGAAAGGAAGAUGAUGACGUCAAGGUGGACAAUGUCAUCUGCCGCACUCCCGCUCGGAACGCGCAGUCUCUGGAUCUCGUCAAGCAGGAGAUCAUGGAUAUGGUUGAGAAAGUGGACGCGGAAUACGUCUCGGAAACCGUCCUCGUCAACCGCUUGUACCACCGUGAGCUCCUGACCCGGAUGCGCGAAAUUGAAGAGCUCGAGAAGAAAUGGAACUGCAAGAUCGAGUUCCCGAGCACGGAGCUUGCCAGCGAUGCGAUCACCAUCUCCGGUCCUGAAUAUCAAGUUCCCCAGGCCGUCGAUGCCUUCCUGGGAAUGGUGCCUGAAAGUCACGAGCUCUCCUUCCAGAGCUCUGCGCAGCUCCGGGAGUUCUUCAAGUCUCCCGAAUUCCUUGUCGACGUUCGCGGGAAACUCAAGGAGCAGUAUGAAGUCGACGCUACCGUCGAUACCUCCGCCGAUCUCCCCAAAUCUGGCGAUGAGCCCGUGUCUGCCACGGUCCCGCCGCCUGAGGACCGAGUUGUGCUCGGCUACACUCGAAACAACGCCGGCGGGCUGAAGGAUGCGAUUGAUUUCUUGAUCUCUCGUCUGGUCGCGCAUGGACUGGACGCGACCACCGUCAAGGGUGCUAUCCCCCGUCCGAAAUCCGACUCUUUCGAGGAGUCGUUGCCGUUCUUCGAUUCUAAGCUCUUGCAGCACGCGCCUGCGCCCAUCGUCACGGAUUCGCCGACUCGGCCCAAUUUCUCGGACGAUGUCAGUGAACGAGGGUCUAUCUUCGAACGACUCCGGAAGCCAGGCAGUAUUUCAUCGUUUUCGUCGUUCAUCGGCCGCAAAAACCAGUCUGCCUCGCCGGGGUCGUCGUUCUUUAAGCACGCGUCCAGCAACGCGUCGAAGGCGUCGCUCGUCUCCAUGGAGUCGCGCGAUAGCGGCUAUCGCAAUCCGUGGAACGACUCGGGCGUCAACCUUCCUGAAGAAGAUCACCAUGCUGUCGGGAGUUCCCACAGCCACAGCAGCGGCAGCAACGGCUGGCCAGCUCGCUUUGAUACCAAGUUCCCUUUCGGCACGGCGCCUGGUGACAUGACUCCCAAGCAUGACCCGCGCGCCUCGUUUGAUAGCGGUCGUCCUAGCACUUCUAACUCUACUUCUGGAUACCCGGCCCCGAUUGGGCCACCUCGUUGA